AUGCCGCUUGCCAGCAUCGAUCGCCGAUCUCGGGCCUCGAGAAGACCCCUGAUCUUUGAUUUGUCUCAUCUGCAAUACUUCGACGCGAGUGCUUGCGAUUGGGACGACCAAACAACUCAUGCUAUGGCUGUAAUGCUCGAAGAGGACAAGUUCGUUUUCGUGAACAACAAUUGGCACGAAUGGGGCGUCCGUUAUCCAUGCCCAUACGUGUUGACAAUCGGAAAGCUACCAGAAGACCAUGAACAGAACGCUGUACGGCCGGAAUUCGGUUUCCAUAUGCCGUUUAUCGAAGAUCAGGAGUGGGGGAUCAGCGCAGUCGGCUUGGAAAAGGUCAGAGAACUCUAUGUCCUGCCAUCCUGGGUCCGUACAGCAGAGACGCGUUGGACCCAUGCAUUGUACGAGAGUGGACUGCGCGAUCGUUGCGGGGAGUGGGGACGCGAUCAGGUACUUCGGGCGAUUCAAUACCAGCAGACAAGGACAGAGCAUGCCGACGUAGCUUCCAUGGAUCCGUGCGAGAUGUUGACUUCGUUGGUGACCGAGCUGGGGAAGCGUGGUUUUGAAGUGCGGAGCCAGCUUGAAGGGAGUUCUGUCGCCGAUACGAAGCGCAACUAUCUGCAAGGAAUCCUCAGCAAAAGGGUAUUGUCAGAACGUCAUGCGAGCGAAUCGGUUUCGCGCUACACCGAAGAGGAUAGGCGCGAUGAUGAUAGACUCUCUUGCCAGCACGGUACCGCGAUGCUCAUGGGCCAGCCGGAAACUUCUGAUGGCAUUGCCAACGCGAUUCGCAACAUGCAGCGGUCUGAAAAUAAAGCCUUUCGUCGAGCCUUGAGCGAUGCGAUCAGUCCAGUUGUACCCAAGAUCUACAUGGGACUCAGGAGCACUCAAUGUCUGCGACUCUCGGUGGAUCGGCUCUCUCGGGAAUCGAGCGAGCUCUUCGAAUUUGUACAAGAAGAGAUCGACGCGCGUGCCCGCGAAGCGGCGUUCCUUCUUGAGGCCCCAUCAUCCUACUCUAUCGCCACCACUCAGAACGACCACUGA